AUGGAUGCGGAUGCGGAUAGUGGUCAAGAGGAUAUCCGGCGGAUACGCAAGGAGCGAGCAGCCCAGGAGUCUGUGAGGUUUUUAGACAGCUUCCGCAAUGUAAUAUUCUGCGGAGAUAUGAACUGGGUCGCCGGGGAUGGGCAGUUCCCUCUGCCAGGCGGCUGGGUUGAUGCUUGGGAUGAGUUGAAGCCAAGUGAAGAUGGCUGGACGUACGACACAAAAUCUAACGGCAUGAUAUCAGGCGACCCCAGGAUGCAGGGGAGAGUAGAUCGGUUCGUGUGUAAGCUGCUAGAUUUCAAGAUCCACGCCAUCGAGAUGAUUGGGAAGGAGGCCAUACCUGGACUAUCGUACUCGAUAGAGAAGAGACUCCGCAAGGGAAUCCGCAAGCUGGAAUUACCUGUAUUACCUAGUGACCACUUCGGGCUUGUUUUGAGCAUUACCUACGCUGAACCAUCGGGUAGAAGUAAUGUAUUACUGAUUUAUUCUAGAGGUGAUGGUACUGAUUUAUUCUAG